AUGGCGAACAGGACGGACAAGGAGGCGGCUGCCAUCCACGGCACCAACCCGCAGAACCUGAUCGAGUACAUCAGCCGGCAGAAGAUCUAUGACAGCAUCUAUUGGAAGCAGGAGUGCUUUGGGCUGUCGGCGGAGCGGCUGGUGGACAAGGCCGUGGAGAUCACAGAGGUGGGCGGCAUGCAGGGCGAGCCGCAGAAGCCCACCCACUUCAUCUGCCUCAUCCUCAAGAUGCUCCAGAUCCAGCCCGACAAGGACAUCGUGGUGGAGUUCAUCAAGAACGACGACUUCAAGUACCUGCGCCUGCUGGGCGCCUUCUACAUGCGGCUGGUGGGGCGCCCCCUGGACGUCUACCAGUACCUGGAGCCGCUGUACAACGACUACCGCAAGGUGCGCAUCCGCAACUUCCAGGGCAGGCAGGAGCUAGGGCACGUGGAUGAGCUCAUCGACGCCAUGCUGCACAAGGACCGGUUGUUUGGCAUCGCGCUGCCGCGCCUGCCCGCGCGCACGACGCUGGAGGGGGCGGGCCAGCUGGAGCCGCGCAUCUCGGUGCUGGAUGAAGAAUUUGAUGAGGCGGCGCUGGAGGAGCAGCAGGAGGAGCAGGCGGCGGCGCUGCAGCAGGCGGCGGCGGCCGCGGCGGCGGCGGAGCAGCAGGAGCAGCAGGAGCAGCAGCAGGCGCAGGGGGAGGAGGGAGAGGUGCGGGAGGAGGGCGACGGCGCCGAGCGGCGGCGGGAACGGGAGAAGUGGCAGCUGUCCAAAGAGGAGAAGCGGCGGCGGGAGCGGGAGCUGGGCCGCAGCGGCAGCCGCAGCAGGAGCAGGAGCAGGGAGCGGCGGGGCGGGCGGGAUGAGCGGAGGGACGAGCGGCGCCGCCCCUCCCGCAGCAGGAGCAGGGACGGCAGGGAUCGGAGGGAUGAUAGGGACCGGAGGGACGGGCGGCGAGCCCGCAGCCGCAGCGGCGACCGGCGGCGGCGCUCGCGCAGCCGCAGCCGGGAUCGGCGGGACACCAGGCGGGACGAUCGGCGGUACCGCAGCCGCAGCCGCGACCGGCACGAUGAGCGGGGCAGGCGGGAUGACAGGCGGGACAGGUGCGUGUGGAAGUAG